CAUUUAAUGGAUAUGUAAUAUCUUUUUCGAUGCAUGUCUCUCUAUGAUUCUCAUAUGUUAAUGGAUUUGAGGAAGACGGUGUUCAGCAUGGCUUCAGCAGAGUUGUGGACAAACAACCGUGCAACGGACUUUUUCUAGUGAGCGGUCGUUUUAUUUUGCAAGUUUAAAUCACAGUAAAUUUGUAUUAAGGGCGAGAAAGUCGACCACCUGUGCAUCGUUUUCUGGAGACUUGACUGUUAUUGAGACAUGAAGAGGAGUUUUUAACGUUCUGCGACCAUCUCUCAAGGAGGCGGUGUUGUUUACCAACACCGCGACCCCUGAACCCAUCAAUGCAUUGCUCUCUGUCUGCAGGUUAAUCUCAUGAUGACUAAUCCCCCUCAGGAGAUGGACCCGCUGGCGUUCCGGCUUUCUUCUGGUCAACAAUCCAGACCCACAGACCAUAUCUACCUGUCAACACACCAGGCUGUCUCCUCCUCCUCCCCGGAGCUCUGGAACCUGCCAGACCGCUCCCUCCCAUAGAGCCGACGGACGCUCUGCCGAGCAGGACCCCCUGGAGAACCUUGUGGAUAGACGGCCACCACACUUCAGGUCAAAGGUCAAGGUGAAGAGGUCAACUCCUACCACAGUUUUGCGGACAGCCACUGAGGAGACAUUGUGGAUCGCGGGCCCGGAGUUUACAUCACACGGGGAAGGUUGCGAGUUAAACUCCCGUUAUCGCCCGGAACCCACCGUGGAGGGUCGUCGCCAUAACGACGUCAAGCAUGUCGAAGCCGCCAGCGCCUCCCGUUCCCGGGCCUCCCGUUCCCGGGCCUCCCGUUACCAUGCCUCCGGCUACCAUGCCUCCCGUUACCAUGCCUCCCGUUACCACGCCUCCCGUUACCACGCCUCCCGUUACCACGCCUCCCGUUACCAUGCCUCCCGUUACCACGCCUCCCGUUACCGUGCCUCCAGUUCCCGCCCCCAGGACCAAAAGACCCCCCAGAGGGAUCCCACCUCCUCCAGAUAAUUCAUCCCAUCCAAACCAACCUACAACCCCUCCUCAUCCCACCCUGAAAGCUAAAAGCAGGCACCCAUGGAUGACCAUGGUCCAUCCAGGUCCCUGGACCCAGCUUCCUCCUGCACCGUCUCCAUUCACCCCUCCAUGGGCCAGCUCUCUGCCCGGCCACCACAGAGGAUGGUUCAAGGCCAGGGUCGCCCCGCCCAACCCCUUUGCCGAAGCCCACAAGGUGGCUAACUACAUUGCUGGACGAAAGGCUUCUAAACAGCCAGCCAAUCAAACCAAGCGCUCCGAGCCCACCAGCCAAUCGAGGAAAGCCCCCAGUCCCGCCAAAGAAAAGUCGGGUGUUGCGGGCCAGCCAAGCUCAACGGAUGGGUCGAAUGCGGUUAAUGUAGCCAGUACUAGCAGCAUAGCCUCGCCCAUGGCACCGGCCUCGAUGGAUUCCUCAAACGCUCCUGGUUUGGGUAGCUCAACCCAGGAUGGCCCUCUGAGCGGACCAGUAGAAGGAGCUCAUCCACCUGGUUCUCUGACUGUGCCAGAGGCAGGGGCCACGGGUGGUGGGGCAGACACAGCAGGGGGGCGUGGGAGGCCAGACUUUGCAGGAACGAUUAGCCUCCGUGGCUCAGCUAGUGGGUACAGACCACCUGCUCCGGCUAGUUCUGGAGGACUAGGGAGUUUUGCAGACAUAGGUUGCGAGGUUCCUGGGGUACCAGACUUGGGGAAUGCUUUAUGUGGAUUGCCCAUUGAUAGGGGAGCGGAUAUAACAGCCCAAAGAGGUCUACCUGCUCCCAUUGAGGUACCAAUGGGAUUAUCUGGUUUAGCUAUCGAACUGGGGUUGCCUGAGGCGGCGGGACAAGCUACCUUGAUGGCUCUAUCAAGUAGUCCUGGAUUAGCGGGUGGCCCUUUGAGUAGCGGACUACCAGGUGCUAAUCCACUUGGUUCUUCUCAUCUUCCUGCUAUAGGCAGCCGGCUCGGCAAACCAGACUUAAUGCAGUCUGACAACUUGGGUGGCUUAUCUAGAGGUGUUGAUGUGGCUAGUUUUGUCGGACAGGGCCGUUCAGCGGACAUUGGAGACAGUCCUGAGGUACCGGGCGUACUGGGUGAGUGCCCUGCUGUGGGGGGCUUGAUGGAGUCUGCGUGCGCAGGUGCGUUUGCCGCAACCCCUGGACUCUCCUCCAUCCCCAAGAGCUUCUCCGUGCCGGCCAUCUUCUCUGGCCUGAAGAAGGGCAGGACGACUCUGUCCCUGAGCGAGAGACCCGACCCAAGACCUGCAGUUCCUCGAUCCAACACGAUGCAGGCCUCCCUCUCCAGCCGCCCGCAGGCUCCAGGCUACGGCUUUCCACCAAUCAAGAGGAAGGGGGAGCUGGAAGAGGUCAGCACGCGACUGGAGGAGCUGGAGUUGUGCGGCGCGCAGCUGGAGAGCAAGCUGAGAGACUGCAGAAAUAAAAAGGAAGAGGAGGCCAUGCUGACGGACUGGAUGGCUCUGAUCCAGGAGAAACAGACGCUGUUACGCAGAGAGGCGGAGAUCACCCAACUGACAGAGCAGAAGACGCUGGAGGAGAGGCAAGCUGACCUGGAGUACAAGCUCCGAUGUCUGCUCAUCAAACCAGAGAGUGAGUGGAAUGCUGAGGAAGAGGCCCAGGAGCAGAAGAUGAUGGAGGAUCUGGUGGCCGUCAUUGAGCAGCGCAACGCGAUCAUCAGCAGCCUGGAUGAAGACCGCCAAAGGGAAAAAGAAGACGAUUCUGUGCUGGGAGCCAUGAAAAACCAAGAAUUCCAGAAAAGGGGACUCAGUGAGCUGAAGAAAUCCAAAGGAAAGUUCAAGCCCAUGAAAGUGUUUCGGAUGCUAGGCGCCCAAGAAUCCAAGGACAAGAAGAACUGAACUGAAAUAUGUCCAGAACACCUGACUGUGUUCUGCACUUUAAGAGAAUAAUCAUACGUGAUCCAUUCAAUAUUUCGAUCAUCAGGGGAUUUAAGUUAUGUGGAGAUACAACACUGCAUUUUUAAGCAGGUUUUGUCCUCAUGACCAAAAUGAUAAUGGUCCUCAUCCAAAUCAUACUUAGCGGUAUAGAAAAUGCAAUUUAUUAAAUAAAAUGUAUGCAUUCAAAAUAU